AACUUCACUUCAGAUGGUAUCAUCUUAUGCUGCAGCACACUAUCGAAGCUAGGUGAGCAUGUAAGCCUCGAUGCAUGCAUAGAUAUCCUAGAUCUUCUGUAUGAAACAGAAGAAACUUCCAUGCUUUUCACGUCUCCUUGUUUGCUUGCAUCCGCUGUCCUUAUUGCUGCAUAUGUCAUCUGUGUUCCUAAGCAAUGUUGGGAGUUUCCACUUAUUCCUUGGGUGAAAUUUGUUACCAACUAUUCAGAAGAAGAGAUCGCAAAGACUGUGGCAGCAAUUCUUGUCCAUGUGCUAAAACCUGAGAAGGAAAAGUAGACCAAGAAAAGUCUUGCCCCGGUGAGGUUUUUCAAGGUGAUAUCGCAGCCUUGUGAGUUCAGUGCAAACAACAAAUACUAGUUAUCAGCAAAAUGGAUAUACUCUAAGGCAUGGCAAGAGCUAUGCUAUUGGUGGCAGCAAGUUCUAGUGGCUUGUGUAAAUAAUCCAUUGACAAAGCUUAUAAGUGGAUUUCUCAGUGUAAUGUAAUGUACUUGGAAAGUGUACUUGUUGCUAUUAUCCUAUACUUUGUAUGAUAAGUUCUUUUCAUUACAAAGCAAGAUGAGAAACCCAUCAU